AUGUCUCAAACGCUAUUCAAGCAAGUCGACCUCUUCGGUGGCGCCAUCGUUGCCGAAAUCCCCAGCACAUUUCAGGACGUCAGCACCAUCCGCCAAGUCCCCGACAACCAAGAAGUCUUCCUCGACCCCGAUGGUUUCACCUCCAUAACCUUCGACAUCCUAGAACGCGUCGAAAAGUCCACCGACAUUGAAGCACUUAAAUACCACCUCUCCGACAUCGUCGACGAAGAUGCCGCUCAAACGAAACUCCACUCUUCCAGCACAGCGGUCUUGGCGAAAAUGCCGCAGACUACGUGCUUAACAUUGUUGGCGACGAGUCCACCGGGGGAGAAGAUGAGGGGGAGGCCGAAUGAGCCUGAAUUUGUGGGGACUUUGAUGGUGUUGGUGAGGUUGGAGGCGCAGAAGACGGAUGUGGUGGUUACGGUUAAUGUGCCGCAUUUGAAGGGGCAGUAUGAGGAGGGUGCGGUUAAGCUGGAGGAGGGGAGGUAUGGGUUGCUGCUGGAGGCGGGGCAGGUGGUGAAGGAUAGAGUGUUGGGAAGUUUUGAAGUUAGGGAUUGGGGGUUGUUUGUGAAUGAGUGA